CAGACAAAAUCUGGAAAUCCGAGGCCUGAAAUGCAAAAUCAGCAGCAUGGAGAAAAGCUUUCGCUUAAUGGAGACCCAAAGCCCACAGCAAAGAGAACUGGAUCAGACAUGUCACCACCCAGGAAAGCUCAAAAGCCUCGACUUGAUGCUGCUUCAGCUGAUCCUGUAAACACAACACACACAACACAAUCUCUCAUCUCCAGUGCAUUAGAAACACUACAAAAGUCCUGUUCUGAUGUUUUACCUACAGACAGGAUUCAUGCACUUCUCACAGGAACAAGUGAACUUCCUGUUCUGAGAGAUGAAGAGAAACACGUCAUUUCUGAGUUUUGUGUAGAAGAGUCCUUAGCAGAGAUGUUUCUGUCUGUGAUUUUGGAGAAGAUCAAGGUGGAGAGAGGGUUUAUGGGACAUGAUCUCCUGCAGUCUCUCUGUAGGGUUUAUGUAGGCGUGUGUCAACAGAGAGGAGACUGUCACAAAGCACAUGCUCUCGUCUACAGACUCCUUAAAGAAGCUUUUUUACAGAAGACAACAUCACAGUCUUCCGGGUUCUCCCCGUCUCUGCUGGAUUAUCUCUUUCUUCCACAGGAGUGGCUCUCGUUCCUGAUCAUCCCCUCAUCUUAUGCUCGUGUCUUAUGCUCGUGUUUUUUUGUCUCGCCUCAACCCGCCCUGCACCUGUCCCGUCACGUCAGGAGCCUCAACCUGAUCUCAGCUCCUAGGGUGUCUUCAGCAAGGUCAAAGAAUCCUCCCUUCCACCACACCAGCCACAUGACUGUGCCAUCAACCUGUUGCCUGGAACCUCUUCUCCCCAUGGACGUUUGUACAAUCUGUCUGGACUGCAGGAGGCCAUGCACCAGUAUAUUCAGGAGUCUCUCUCUGCCGGGAGUAUUCACCCUUCCUCCUCCCCUGGGGCUGGGUUCUUCUUUGUGGAGAAGAAGGACAAACCCUUCGUCCACGUAAAGACUAUCAGGGACGUA